AAUCCGGCUCAGUCGGUUGUUUCCACGCGUUUUAGGCAGUGUUUCUUGAGGGUGGCUAGUGAUCCUGGGUGAGAGUGUCCGAAAGAGUGAGCUAGACGAGAUGUCCUCUGUGCCGAUGUACUUCCGCGAUUGGUGGGAUGACGAUCUGUUUGAGAAUCCUCGGCGAACGUCGCGCUUGUUCGAUCAACAGUUUGCCACAGGCAUAUUUUCCGAGGACCUCCAGAAGAUGGCAUCCAGCUUCCACACUUCGAAUCUGCGCUCGUCCCGGCUGGGCAGCUUCCGACGUCCGUGGAGUGAGCUCGGCGUGAGCAAGUUUAGCAACAGUCUGAUCAAUGGCGCCCCGUCCACCGAUCGGCUGCAGAUCAAUCUGGACGUGCAACAAUUCACACCGCAUGAGAUCACCGUUAAAACGGUCAACAAUUCGAUCGUGGUGGAGGGCAAGCACGAGGAGAAGCAGGACGAGCAUGGCUUCAUCUCGCGACACUUUGUCCGCCGCUACGUACUGCCGGACGAGCACGACCCGAAGGACGUCAUCUCGAGUCUUUCGUCCGACGGUGUGCUGACGAUUGUGGCCCCCAGAAAGGUUCUGGCUCCAGCGCCCGAGGUGGUGUACGAGCGGACGGUACCGAUACAGCGCAUCGAGGAGCGAACGGUGGAAAGUGUGCGGACGACGUCGGAGAGUGUGACCAGCGAGAGUAAUGGCAAAUGAGAGGGACCACGCUUUGCGGCCGGGUGCUGUUGAACCAAAGUGAUUAGCCAAGUAUUAUCGAACGGAGAUCGGAGAUCGAAGAAGUUUGUUUGUUUUGGGUGAAAUAAAGUGAAGAAGAAUUGUGUUUUUUGGACUCGUAA